AACACUCCAACUACUUUGGCCUGGACGACAAGCUGGGCCCGGUGGCUCUGAGCAUCCGCCGGGAAAAGCUGGAGGAGCACAAGGAUCACGGCCCUCAGUACCAGCAGCGCCUCAUCUUCCGCACCAGCCAGCUGGUCACGCUCCGUGGCUCCAUCCUGGAAGAUGCUACUCCCACCAGCUCCAAGCCGGGAACGGUGCGAGGGCUCCCGCUCCGGGACACGCUGGAGUACGUCAUUCCCGAGCUGAAUAUCCACUGCCUGCGCCUGGCCCUGAGCACGCCCAAGGUCACCGAGCAGCUCCUCAAGCUGGAUGAGCAAGGGCUUUGCCGCCGGCACAAGGUUGGAAUUCUCUACUGCAAAUCCGGGCAGAGCUCCGAGGAGGAGAUGUACAACAACGAGGAAGCAGGACCAGCCCUGGAAGAAUUCCUGGAUCUCCUUGGGGAGAAAGUUUCCCUCAAAUCCUUCACCAAGUACUCGGCACAGCUGGAUACCAAGACCGAUUCCACCGGGACUCAUUCCCUCUACACAACCUACCAGGACUAUGAGAUCAUGUUCCAUGUGUCCACCAUGUUGCCCUACACACCCAACAAUCGUCAGCAGCUCCUCAGGAAGAGGCACAUUGGGAACGACAUCGUCACCAUCAUUUUCCAAGAACCCGGAGCGUUGCCCUUCACGCCCCAGAACAUCCGUUCCCACUUCCAGCACGUCUUCAUCAUCGUCCGCGUCCACCAGCCCUGCACGGACAACGUCUCCUACAGCGUGGCCGUCACGAGGUCCAAGGACGUCCCUCCCUUCGGUCCUCCCAUCCCUCCCGGCGUCACCUUCCGCAAAUCCGAGCUGUUUCGCGACUUCCUGCUGGCCAAGGCCAUCAAUGCCGAGAACGCGGCCCCCAAGUCGGACAAAUUCCACACCAUGGCCACCAGGACCCGCCAGGAGUACCUCAAGGACCUGGCGGAGAACUACGUCACCGGCACUCCCGUCGACUCGGCCGGCAAGUUCAACCUCAUCUCCUUGGCCUCCAAGAAGAAGGAGAAGACGCGGGCGCGCGCGGGAGCGGAGCAGGACAGCGCCGGAGCCGUCUCCUGGCGCGUGUCCGCCCAGGAUUUCGCCCGCGGAGGGGCCGAGAUUCCCUGCGCUCUGGGCAUCUCCAACGAGUUCGUG